UAUAAAUAGUGAAAUGCUUGGAGCCAGCGCAAUUAGUUGUACAAAAUGUAUCCGAAGUAUCUGAGCAGCGACUAUCCGCUGGACAAGCAUCUCUUCUUUGUGACCCGAUACUCGUUUGGCCUGCUGGGUUUACGCUUCGAGCGGGCGUCCACCUUUUGGUCCACAUUGUGGCUGAUCUUUAACUUUGCGAAUCUGGCGCACUGCUGCCAGGCGGAGUUCAGUUUUGGCUGGCAUUACAUGAGCACCAGCCCGGUGGACGCCAUGGACGCCUUCUGCCCGCUGGCCUGCAGCCUGACGACGCUCUUCAAGAUGGGCUGCAUGUGGCGCAGUCGCGUGGAGGUCGCCGCCCUCAUCCGGCGCAUUCGUCAGCUGACCGAGAAGGAGCGGAAUGCGGAGCGAAUGGAGUUGAAGCGUAGCUAUUAUCGCAUGGCCACAUUGCUGGCCAUGCUCAUCUUUACGCUGGGCUGCAUCAAUACGGGCGCCUUUGUGCUGCGCUCCAUCUGGGAGAUGUGGGCGCGUCGCCAGCUGCCCUUUAAAUACGAUAUGCCCUUUCGUAUGCACUUUCCAGCUGUGGCACAUCGGUUGCCUCUAUAUCCUCUGGCCUAUCUCUACUCCACGUGGAGCGGUCAAAUAACGGUCUAUGCCUUUGUUGGCACCGACGGCUUCUUCUUUAGCUUCACGCUCUAUGUAACAUUCCUGCUCAAAGCGCUGCAAAUGGACCUGCAACGCGUACUGAAACCAGUUCAAGAUCCCAGUCCACGUGAAUGCAAACGCUGUUGCCAACAGCUGCGUAAUAUUAUCGAUCGUCACAAUGAAAUUGUUGGCAUUGUUCAACGCUUUUCGGUGAUUAUGGCCGCGCCCACUUUUGCCCAGUUUCUAUCGGCCAGCUUAGUGAUAGCCACAAGUGUUAUCGAUAUACUGCUGUUUUCCGGCUACAAUAUCAUACGCUAUGUGGUCUAUGCUGGCACCGUAAGCUCCUGUUUAUUUCUCUACUGUUACGGAGGCACCGAAAUGUCAACAGCGAGUCUGGAGCUGGGCGAGGCUGCCUACAAUAGCCAUUGGUAUCUGUGGAAUCGGGCGGUGCGUCACCGUGUCUAUCUGCUCAUCCUGCGCGCCCAGCGACCCAUCACGGUGCAGGUGCCCUUCUUUGCGCCCUCCCUGCCCGUUUUCACAGCGGUCAUCAAGUUUACGGGCUCCAUUGUGGCGCUGGCCAAGACAAUACUCUAGCGGGCAAAGCAAUUGAUAAACAAAAUUGCAACAAACUGGCGCCACAAGCAGCUGCAACAUGGAGCUGGGGUUGGCUCAGUCCAGAUGUAUAUAGCACCCAAGUGGGCGUGGCACUUAACACUCGCCCCAAAAGUAUGCAGCACAGCUCUUCAAGCACUCGACUUGUUUAUCAGUUGGAUUAAGUGCGAGGUUCGCCCAUCAAAUUGUGCACAAAUAUGAAAUCAAUUAUUAAAAAAUUCCUGAGUAUAUAUUCUAUGUAAUUUAGCAUUGUUUUAAACAGUCUAAGCCCGAAGGGAGCUACAAUUCUUUGAAGAAACUUCUUUGGGGUAACAAAAAAACUUCUUGAAAGAACAAAAUCUAGAAUCUUCG